CGAGAAAUAGUGUGGAGGGCGACCACAGCUAAAGAAUAUUGGGCUAUAUUGAGCUGCUUCGGACAAGCCAAAAUUCCACUCGGACCGAAUCUGGCUUUUUCUUAAAUUCUCACACAAGGCUACUGGAGACAAACAGGAUGGCUGUAUAAUGGCAUAGAUUUGAAUAUGGGUCAAUGGGCAGGCAUGCAAGUUCUUUUCCUCGGCCUGUCUUUACAGUUGUUAUUACUGAUAUUCAGGCAAUCAGCCGGCCACGACCAGAAUCCCCAUGUAAUUCCUCAGGAUGCACUCAACUUCAGCUUCGCUAAUUCUGUCUACCAUGCAACAGUUUAUGAAAACUCAGCUGCACGCACCUAUGCCAACAGUAAAAUUAAAAUGGGCAUUCACCUUUCCAAAAGGUCCUGGGAAAUUCGCUAUAGAAUUACCUCAGGGGAUGAUGAAGGGCUUUUCAAGGCAGAAGAGUAUGUACUGGGGGACUUCUGUUUCCUGCGCAUAAGGACCAAAGGUGGCAAUGCAGCAAUCUUAAACCGGGAGAUUCAAGAUAAUUAUGUAUUGACAGUGAAAGCCUAUGUUAAGGGACUGGCUCUGCUUGAAACCUGGACUAAAGUCAGCAUCCAAGUGCUGGAUAUGAAUGACCUCCGGCCUCUGUUUUCACCCACCACAUACUCUGUGACUAUAGCAGAGAAUACUCCUCUCAGGACAAGCAUAGCGCAGGUUACCGCUACCGAUGCAGAUAUUGGCUCAAAUGGAGAGUUUUACUUUUUUUUCAAGGACAAAAUGGAACUGUUUGCCGUACACCCAACCAGUGGAGUGGUUUAUCUUAGUGGUAAACUUAAUGUUAAUGAACAGGACCAGUAUGACUUACAAAUUAUGGCAGUUGAUCGUGGCAUGAAGCUGUAUGGAAAUAAUGGAGUAAGCAGCACAGCCAAGCUUUUUGUUCACAUAGAGCAUGUGAAUGAGCAUUCUCCAGUUAUGACUAUAGUCACCCACAGCACCUCUAGGUUGGAUAAGAAUAGUCUAUAUGCCAUAAUCAUUGUUGAAGACCUUGAUGAAGGCUUAAAUGGGGAAAUUAAUUCAGUCAACAUUAUGGAUGGUGACCCUUCAGGAGAGUUUUACAUAGAAAAACAUGGAGAAAAAGAAUUUGCUAUUAAAUCCACUAAAAUAAUAAACAGGGACACUUUCCCAUAUGGCUGUAACUUAACCCUGCAGGCUAAAGACAGAGGAAUUCCUCCUCAGUUCUCUGCUCCACAGGUUCUCCAGAUAAUAUUUUCAAAACAGAAGACAACAGAAGCUAAAUUUGAGCAAGAGUUCUAUGUUGCUAGUCUCAAUGAAAUUUCACCACCUGGCACAAUUGUGGGUAUUUUUAAGAUCAGGCCAGAACCUGAUGAUGCAGAGUAUAUCCUGACACCUUCUGCAGAUUCAAGUUUUUUUAAAAUCAAUACCUUAACAGGUGCAAUUUCCACCUCUUGUUGGUUGACUCAUGUAUCCAAGGAUAUCUUCACUCUUGAGGUAUUGGAAGUAGACAGUAAUGUCAGAGCUAAAGUGCAGAUAACUACUGAAGAUACCAAUGACAACACACCUGAAUUUUCCCAGUCUUACUAUGAGGUUUUUGUAAAUGAAAGUGUACCAGCUGGGACCAACAUAUUAACAGUUUCUGCAGUUGAUGAAGAUAAAGGCGAAAAUGGAUACAUUACAUACAGUAUACACUGCCAUCAACAAUUACCCUUCACAAUUAACCAAUUUUCUGGUGUUAUAAGCAGUAAUACUGAUCUUGAUUUUGAAGUUUCACCAGAGGUAUUUGUAUUUGUUGUCAGAGCUUCUGAUUGGGGUUCACCUUACAGGCGAGAAAGUGAAGUCAAUAUAACAAUCCACUUACAAAAUCUAAAUGAUAAUAAGCCAUUGUUUGAGAAGGUAGCAUGCAAGGGGGGGAUUUCUGUGGAUUUCCCAGUUGAUGAAGUAAUCACCACAAUGUCUGCCAUUGAUAUAGAUGAGUUAGAGUUAGUAAAAUAUAAGAUAAUUUCAGGAAAUGAGCUGGGCCUAUUUGACCUCAACCCUGAUUCAGGAGUUCUUGCAUUGUGUAAUUCCCUUUCCACACUGAGUCCUAAGUAUAGUAUGUUUAGUUUAAAAAUAACUGCCACGGAUGGUGAAAACUUUUCAGAUCCUAUGUUUGUCAACAUUUCAAUUGUACAUGAAAAAUCUCUUUACAAGCAUUUUACAUGUAAAGAAACCAGUGUGGCACAAAAAUUAGGAGAAAAGUUACUUAAAAAAUCCAAAGCUAUUACCAAGUCUAAAAUUGAGGAAGGUUUUAUCGACCUGUUCUCCAUCAAUCGGCAAACACCCCAGUUUGAUAAAGCUUUCCCCACAGAUAUUGCUGUGCAGGAAGACUUAAAGGUUGCCUCGAGUGUUUUCAAGGUGAAUGCAUAUGAUGGUGAUGCAGGUUUCAAUGGUCAGAUUCUGUAUUCUAUUUCAGAUGGAAACACUGAUAAUUGUUUUAACAUUGACUUGUGGACUGGUCUAAUCAGUGUUUUUCUGCCUAUGGACAGAGAAAAGAGAGAUCGCUAUAUCCUUAACCUAACGAUUUAUGACCUUGGCCGUCCACAGAAAGCAGCUUGGCGUUUGCUUACUGUCCACAUUGUGGAUACAAAUGACAAUGCACCUCAGUUUUUGCAAGAAGGACAUAGAAUAGUGAUACCUGAAAACACUGCAAUAGGCACUGUUAUCAUCCAGGUCGAGGCCACUGACAAAGAUCUUGGAGUCAAUGGCGAGGUAGUUUACUCUCUAUUGACAAGCACCACACUGUUUAGCAUUAACUCCACUAAUGGGAUAGUUUAUGUCACUGGCCAACUAGACAGAGAGUUAGUUCCUUUCUAUAACUUGAAGAUUAAAGCUCGAGACAAUCCAGACAAAGGGAGACACAAGUUUUCAGUAACCAGUUUGAAAGUUAUUUUAGAGGAUGUGAAUGACUGUCCCCCACUAUUUAUCCCCAGUGUGUACAAAGCCAGGGCUCUGGAGGAUAUUCCUUUAGGAACUGUUGUGGCCUGGAUCGAAACCCAGGACCCAGAUCUAGGGUUCGGAGGCCAGGUUCGGUACUCUCUAAUUAAUGACCACAAUGGAUGGUUUGAGUUAGACCGGAACAGUGGAGCCAUUCGACUGACAAAGGAACUGGACUAUGAGAUGCAGCAGUUCUACAACCUAACAGUGAAAGCCAAAGACAAAGGAAAACCAGUGUCUCUUCUGUCUGUCUCCUUUGUGGAGUUGGAAGUAAUUGAUGUAAAUGAAAACCUCUAUGCUCCAUACUUUUCACACUUUGCCUUAACUGGAAUAGUUGAGGAGAAUGCCCCUACUGGAACUACUUUACUCCAAGUUAGUGCUCAAGAUGAGGAUGCUGGUCGAGAUGGAGAGAUCCACUAUUCCAUUCGUGAUGGGAGCGGGCUUGGACGAUUUGCCAUUGAUGAGGAGACGGGGGUGAUCUACACCACAGAUACAUUGGAUCGGGAAACCAAGGACUCCUAUUGGCUGACAGUUUAUGCCAGUGACCGUGGUGUUGUUCCCCAGUUUAGCAUUAUUGAGGUGUUCAUUGAAGUGAACGAUGUUAAUGACAAUGCCCCACUGACCUCUGAGUCAUUAUUUCGUUGCUCAGUACCUGAGAAUUCUCCCCGUGAUGUUUCUGUAAUUCAAAUCCAUGCUCAGGAUCCUGAUGUCCCACCACCGUCAACCUCUGAUUGGCUAAGCUAUCGCAUUGUUAGUGGAAACCCACAAAACGUCUUUGCUAUCAACUCUCGUACUGGAAUGAUCACUACCACCUCACGGAAACUGGAUCGUGAACAACAACAGGAGCAUGCUCUGGAGGUGCUGGUUUCAGAUGGCGGUCCAAGUCCCAAGAGCAGUACAUUGUGGGUAAUGGUUUCAGUCUUCGAUGAAAAUGAUAACCGACCAAAUUUUCAUGAGAAGAUCUACCAAGUCAGACUUCCAGAGAGAGAGCGAAGAAAGAAGGCUGAACCCAUCUAUCGGGUGGUUGCCUAUGACCAGGACGACGGGCCUAACAGUGAUCUGUCAUACAGCAUUGUGGAUGGCAAUGAGGAUGGAAAAUUUUUUAUAGACCCCAAGACAGCUGUGGUGUCAUCACGCAAGGCUUUUGCUGCAGGAAGCUACGACAUCCUGACUAUCAAAGCAUCAGACAAUGGCCGUCCCCAGAAGUCGUCAACAGCCCGCCUGCAUAUUGAGUGGAUCCGACGACCAACUCCUUCAUCUGUGCCAUUGGUCUUUGAUGAGCCAUUCUAUAAUUUUACGAUCACGGAAAAUGACAACGUGGCUGAGAUUGUGGGCGUGGUGUCUCUACAGAAGAACCCAUUUCCAGUUUGGUUUGAUAUCACAGGUGCCAGGCCUUUCCAUGAGAUGUUCUAUCUCUUGCAGAGCACUUGUUUCAAGAACUGUUCCUCAAAAGGCGGAAACAGUGACAGUGUGUUUGAAGUAGAGAGGACUGCGGCUACCAUCAUCAUUGCCAAACAUUUGGAUGCUGAGCAAUGCUCCUUCUACAACUUGACAGUGCUGGCCACAGAUGGCACCAACACUGCAUAUGUACAGGUUUACAUUACUGUUUUGGAUAGCAAUGACAACGAUCCCAUCUUCUCACAGCAAGUCUAUGAGGUCAUUAUUUCAGAGGAUACACCACCCAAUACUGAAGUGGCCCAGAUACUGGCAUCCGACCGUGACGAGCAUCACCAGCUCACCUAUUCUCUCCACAGCUCCAUAGACUCUAGAAGCAUGAGUCUGUUCCACAUCCAUCCCACACUGGGCACAAUCUACACUGCUCAGAGGCUAGACCAUGAGGCAUGUGUCCAACACAUUUUGACCAUCAUUGUCAGGGACCAAGAGUACCCAUACCGAAUAAAUCUUGCUCGUGUACUGAUAGAGGUGGAAGAUGUAAAUGAUCACGCACCCUUUUUUACCAGUGCACUCUAUGAAUCCUUAGUUUAUGAAUCCGCUGCAGUAGGAUCAGCUGUAGUUCAGGUUACCGCUCUGGACAAAGACAAAGGCAAGAAUGCCGAACUGCACUACUCUAUUGAAGCAGGGAACACUGAAAAUGCAUUUAAUAUUGAGCCGGUUCUUGGUAUACUUCGUGUUGCCCGUCAGUUGGAGUUAUCAAGCAUAGGACACUAUGUUAUUAGUGUCAGUGUCACUGACAGUGGCACCCCUGCUCUAUCUGCUACCACAAUAGUGCGCAUUGCCAUCACUGUCUCUGACAAUUCGGGUCCAAGGUUUCCUCAACCUGAAUAUCAGACUGAUAUCAGAGAGAAUGCGAUUAUCGGGACGUCUGUCACCACAAUCAGUGCUGUGAGCCAGUCUACCCUAACCUUUGACAUCAAGCAAGGGAAUAUAGAUCAAGUUUUUCAGAUUAAUCAAUAUAGUGGAGUCAUUACAACUCAAAAGCACCUUGACUUUGAGAAUAUAGCUUCUUAUACCCUAAUAGUGCAAGCUUCCAACAUGGCUGGCAUGGCCUCCAAUGCUAGCCUGUUAAUUCAGAUAGUGGAUGAGAAUGACAAUCCACCGGUGUUCCAACAGCAUCACUAUCAUGGUAGCAUUUGUGAGUUAGCACCAGUCAACAGUGUGGUCUUGAAUUCAGAAGACCUCCCUCUAGUAAUCAAAGCCACAGAUGCUGACUCCAACCAAAAUGCUCUGCUGGUCUACCAGAUUGUUGAGGAGACUGCAAAGAUGUUCUUCACUGUGGACUCAGUAACUGGUUCCAUUAGAACCAUUGCUAGUCUUGACCAUGAGAUAUUUUCAGCCUUCAAUUUCCAGGUUCAAGUGAGGGACAAUGGUAGGCCACAACUAACAGCAGACAGUCCAACUGAGGUGACUAUACAAGUGAUCGACUCAAAUGAUUCACCUCCUCUUUUCAAACAAAAUAUUUAUGAAACUGUUCUGCUACUCCCUACCUAUGUUGGAGUAGAGGUUGCGCAGGUAUCAGCUACAGACCCUGAUACAGAUGUUCCUACAGAUCUUAGAUAUUCUUUGGCUGAUGGAGUGUUGGAAAAUUUUUCCAUCAAAUCCUCCAGUGGGAUUAUUGUAGUCAAAAACAACAACUUCUCCAAAGAACUUUUUCACCUCAAUGUCAAAGUUUCGGAUGGCAAAUUCUCCAGCACUGCUUUGGUGACUAUAAUUGUCAAAGAGGCUCUGGACUCAGGUCUAAGCUUCUCCCAGGGGAUUUACGUCUCAACUAUUAAAGAGAAUCUGUCAAACAUCACCAUGGUGGCUGUGGUCAGUGCUGUAGGAAAUCGGCUCAACGAGCCAUUGAUGCACACUCUUCUGAAUGCUGGUACAAAGUUUGAAAUUCGUCCGACAUCUGGAGUUAUCCAAACCACAGGAAUACCGUUUGAUCGAGAAGAACAGGACUACUAUGAACUGAUUGUAGAGGCAAAACGGGAACAUGAUCAUCAUGUGGCCAGAGUUCUGGUUAAAGUUCAAGUUGAAGACAUAAAUGAUAAUGCCCCUGUGUUUGUUGGACUUCCAUAUUAUGCAGCUGUUCAAGUAGAAGCUGAGUUAGGAUUACCAAUUUUCAAAGUUUCUGCAGUGGAUAGUGACAAAGGUAUUAAUGGAGAGGUGUCAUACUUUCUGAAGGAUGAAAAUGACCACUUUAAGAUUGACCAAGAGACAGGCACCAUUAGCCUCAAGAGGACUUUUGAGUCAGAUUUGUCCAAUUUGGAGUACCAAAUAGUGAUACAUGCCAAAGAUGGUGGUGAUCCUCCAUUGUCAUCAACCAUUAAUUUUCCAGUAACUGUUGUAAACAAAGCCAUGCCUCUCUUUGACAAAUCAUUUUACACUGUUUCUGUGAAUGAGGAUGUGGCUAUACACACUCCAAUCCUCGGCAUCAAUGCAACCAGUCCUGAUGGACAAAACAUAAUCUACACUAUUGUUGAUGGAGAUGCGUCUCUUCAGUUUGGUAUUGGGUUUGAUACCGGAGUUAUAAGUGUAAUUAAUUAUUUGGACUAUGAAGAAACAUCAUAUUAUCGCCUGACCAUCAGGGCCACAAACUACCUCACUGUCUCCCAUGCAGAAGUUCAUGUAGAUGUUUUGGUCCAAGAUAUAAAUGAUAACCCACCUGUCUUUAAGGAAAUGUCCUACAGGAUAGUUUUGUCUGAAAGUGUUAUGAUUGGGACUCCAGCCCUUCAAGUUAUUGCCACAGACAAGGACUCAGAGAAGAACAAUGCUGUUGGCUAUCAGAUAUUUUCCAAAGAACAUAACAGCACAGAUUAUUUUCACAUUGAUAGUAGCAGUGGAAUAAUCCUUACAGCACGGAAUCUAGAUCAUGAACUAGCCCCAGAGUAUGAGUUUAUUGUCCGGGCCACUGAUAAUGGUUUUCCGUCAUUAUGCACUGAAGUAUUAGUGACUGUUCUGCUAAAAGACAUGAAUGACAAUCCUCCAGUUUUCAGCCAGCUUCUCUACGAGGCAUAUGUGAGUGAGUUAGCACCAAAAGGACACUUUAUAACCUGUGUUCAGGCCGUUGAUGCUGAUACUUCUGAUCUUGACAAGUUAGUGUACAGUAUUUUGUCAGGAAAUGAAAGAAUAGAUUUUGUGAUGGAACAAAAAACAGGAAUCAUCAUGUUGUCCCACCUUCGUAAGCAAAGAAUGGAGCCUACUUACAACCUCAAUGUUUCAGUGUCUGAUGGCGUUUUUACCAGCACAGCUCAGGUUCAUGUUACAGUGUUUGAGGCCAACCUGCACAAUCCAGUGUUUGAACAGAAUAUCUUUGAGGCAGAGUUAAGAGAGAAUGCUCCUGUGGGAACCAGUGUAAUUCAGGUGAGGGCAAUGGAUGCAGACCCUGGAGUAUAUGGCCACAUAACCUAUUCAUUUGUUAGUGAUGUGGGUAAUGACCUGUUUAGCAUUGAUGCUAAUGGUUGGAUAAGCACAAUUGAAAAACUUGACCGUGAGGACCCUUCCAACAUGGACCUUGUUCUAACAGUGGUUGCUCAGGAUUCGGGGGGGCGUGUUUCUUAUUGCACAGUACAACUUAUCCUCUUAGAUGAAAAUGAUAAUGCACCCCGCUUUAUUGCUACAGAGUACCGAACUACACUUAAAUUUGAUGUGCCCAAAGGGUUCUUAAUAACACAGAUUCAGGCUCUUGAUCCUGAUUAUGGCACUAAUGCCAAAGUAACAUUUUCACUUUACAGUGAGGCACGGGUCCCUGUAGCAGACAUUUUGGACAUAGACCCAGACAGUGGUUGGAUGGUAACCAAAGGCAGUUUCAGCCACUUAAGAAAUUCAGUAUUAUCGUUUUUUGUGAAGGCUGUAGAUGGAGGAAAGCCAGUUCGACACUCUUUAGUCCCUGUCUACCUUCAUGUUCUGUCUCCUGAGGCUUUCUUUCCUGAAUUCAGUCAGCACCAUUACUCAUUUAGCAUGCCAGAGAACACACCCAUAGGUUCAGUCAUUGGCAGAGUUCAUCUCAAGAUUCCUCCUGGAUAUAACCCAUUUUUGGUUACCUUUGCCAUCAUUAAUGGAGAAAAUGGUGAAAAAAACCUAGAUGGGGUAUUUUUAGUAGAGAAAAAUACAGGGGUCAUUAAACUUGAUAAGCCCUUGGAUCAUGAGGUAAUAAAAGGAUUUAACUUCAAAGUCACAGCCACUGUGCACCAGAGUAAGUUGGAUGCUGUGACUUGUGUUGAAGUUGAGGUCAAGGUUUUAGAUGUAAAUGACAAUAAACCAUCCUUUGAGACCAACUCUUAUGUGACGACUCUUAUGGAGGGAAUGACAAGUGGAACCAGAAUCAUUCAGGUCAAAGCUAGAGACCCAGACUCAGGAGCCAAUGGCCAAGUAACAUACAGGUUUGGGACAUUAAACCGAGCAGAGGAAGAUUUCGACGCAUUGGUGCAGACUUUUAGCAUCGACACUAAUACUGGCUGGAUUGUCUUAUGCAAAGAACUCGACCAUGAGUCCAAUCCCUCCUAUAUAUUCACAGUGGUAGCAUCAGACCUUGGAGAGACCUUGUCUUUUUCCAGUACCAGCACUGUAACAGUGGCAGUGACAGACAUCAACGACAAUCCCCCCAUAUUCAUGGAAAACCAUUACUUCAAUUCAAUUCAGGAGGGUGCCCCCCCAGGUGAGGUGGUGGCUGUGCUGAACACAAAGGAUAAUGACAGCUCUGCUGUUAACCGUCAUGUCAGCUACGUCAUAACUGGUGGGAAUUAUAGAGGUGUGUUUGCACUUGGCCUGGUUCAGGGUGAAUGGAAGAUGUAUGUAAAAGGGCUACUGGACAGAGAAGAAUGUAACCUCUACAUCAUCAAUGUCACUGCAAGUGAUGGACUCUUUGUUUCCCAUACAACUGUGGAGGUGACAGUGAUAGACACCAAUGACAACAACCCCAUUUGUGACCAGGUGGCAUACACAGCCAUUGUUCCAGAGGACCUCCCAACAAACAGUGUGUUGCUGAGGGUUGGAGCUACAGAUGCAGAUGCAGGCAGCAACGCUCUGCUCAAGUACUCCCUACAUGGUACUGGGUCCCAGGACUUCAGCAUGGAUCCAGACACUGGUGAAAUCAAGUCAUCAGUGAUUCUUGACCGUGAGAUGAAUCCUAACUACAGAUUAAUUGCUAAGGCAACUGAUGGUGGCGGAAGGUGGUGCCGUGCUGAAGUGCAGCUGGUGGUGACAGACGUCAAUGACAACCCGCCACUUUUUCCAUUGUCACAGUACUAUGCCAGUGUGUAUGAAGAUACUCCAGCAAAGGCUCUGCUCACUCGUAUCCAUGCCAUAGAUCCAGAUGAAGGUCCAGGUCGCAUGGUGGUGUAUUCCAUGGCUGACUCUGCUGGAGGAUUUUUCUCCAUUGAUAAGUUCACAGGCAUAGUAAUCCUGGAGCACACUCUAGACCGUGAAGUCCAGUCGACUCAUCAUAUUACCGUGUGUGCAUCUGAUCACGGUUCACCGCUGCCUCUGUUCUCACUGGUCAACAUCACAGUUACUGUGCUGGACAUCAAUGACAACCCACCUGUUUUUGAGCGCCGUGAUCAGCUGGCAUCAGUUUCGGAGUCUGCGGGAGUUGGCACUGAGGUUCUGAGAGUGAAUGCUUCCAGCAAAGACAUUGGGACAAAUGCUGAGAUCUCCUACAGCAUCAGAUCAGGCAACGAGCACAAGAAGUUUUACAUUGAUCCACUGACUGGUGCCAUUUUAGUCGCCCAGCCUUUGGACUAUGAGAACUGCAGAGACUACUUCCUAACAGUGGAGGCUCGUGAUGGUGGAACGCCACCUUUGAGCUCUAUUACUACACUGAACAUAAUCCUAACAGAUGUCAACGAUAAUGCUCCAGUAUUUAGCCAUGACCUUUACACUGCUGUGUUGCCAGAAGAUUCCAUGAUAGGACAGUUUGUAGUCCAGCUGAUAGCAGAAGAUACUGACAGUGGUCUGAAUGGAGCCAUCCUCUACUCAAUUUUCAGUGGGGACCAGGACAACGAGUUCUUCAUUGACCCUAUAAACGGGAUCAUAAAGGUCAACAAGCCACUGGACCGUGAGAAAGUUCCCAGCUACUCGCUUGCUGUCAGAGCUCUCGAUAAUGGAACCCCACCAAUGUCCUCCACAGCGGUGGUCAGCAUAGAGAUCUCUGACAUCAAUGACAACCCACCCACUUUCUUCCCAGCAAACCUUACAGCUGUCAUACAGGAAAACAAGCCCAUUGGCACCAGAAUCCUGCAGCUUUCAGUCAUCGAUCAGGACUCUUCUCAUAACGGCCCACCUUUCUCCUUCAGCAUCCUGUCUGGAAAUGAUGGCAGAGAGUUUGAGUUGGAGACAGGUGGUACACUGGUGGCAAAUCAAGUCUUCAGAAGGGACAUAGCAAAUAAUUAUGUUCUUCAGAUCCAGGUGUCAGACUCUGGCAAGCCUUCUUUGUCCUCUUUCUUGAAUCUCACUGUUCGCGUGAUUGAGGAGAGCCUUCAUCGGCCAGUAGCCUUCCCACUGGAAAUUUAUAUUGUCACUAUGGAGGAUGAGUUUCCUGGUGGUGUAAUUGGGCAGCUUCAUGCCACCGAUGCUGACCCUUAUGAUGCACUGACCUUUGGACAUGCAACGCCCUCCCAGCGCAGUCUAUUCAAGAUCAGUCCCCACGAUGGAAAGAUCAUUGCUCUCAGCGGGUUGGAUGCCGGUGAAUAUUUUCUCAACGCCAGUGUUAGUGAUGGCCGCUUUAAUGUGCCUGUUCCUGUGAGUCUGCAUGUAGAGCAAGCAACACAUGAGAUGCUGCGUGAUGCUGUGACAGUACGCUUUGAAAGUGUGGUUCCACAAGAUUUUGUAGCAUUGUACCUGAAGAGCGUGUUGAAGGUGAUUCAGCAUACAGCCACAUCCCAGCAGCACGACACACUGCACCUGCUCAGUCUGCAACCAGUUGGUGGGACACAGCAACUAGACCUGCUUGUGUCAGUGGAAACAGCAGGAGGGGAUUACUACAAGGCAGCUUACCUCACUCAGAAACUUAGCACUUCACGCCAGAAACUGGAGGAUGUGCUUAGAGUAUCAGCUAUUCUGGAUAAGAACUGUUCGGGGUUAGAGUGUCGGGGAGCUCAAUGUGAACAGAGUAUUAUUCUGGAUUCACAUGACUUGGCUACAUACAGCACUACUCGAGUCAGCUUUGUCUCCCCUCACUUCCACCGGACCUCACGUUGUACGUGCCAAGACGCCAGUUGUGCCAUUCCAUUAGAGCAAUGCAAGGAACAGCUGUGUCCACCAGACAUGCAGUGUGUUUCAGUAGAGGCUAGCAGAGGGCACUAUGCAUGCCGGUGUCCACGAGGAAAACUGGGAGAAUGUGCAGGUCAUUCAUCACUGAGUUUCUCAGGCAACAGCUACAUAAAAUAUAGACUGUCCAACCAGCUACAGAUGGAGUUGAAACUUACCCUGAGGGUCAGGACGCUGCAGAGCCGAGGAAUCAUCAUGUAUAUGCACAACGAGCGCUGCAUUAUUCUUAAGUUAGAGGAAGGAAAACUGUGGUUCCAGCUGUCCUGUGCCCCUCUCCCGAGUGGAGGGGUUGAUGGUCCUGACAUGUUGGGGCCUGCUGGACGUCGCAUCAAUGAUGGCAACUGGCACACUGUGGUGCUGGAACUGAAUCGCAAUUUCAGUAGCCUGGCACUAGAUGACAGCUAUAUUGAGCAACGGCAGUUCCCCUCCUUAAUACAAACAUUAUCUCCACAUCGUACUUUCUACUUUGGAGCACUGGUGCAGCCUCCACACUCGCGUAAUCUUGUGGUCUCCCAAAAGGACCCACGGGUGUAUGAGGGAUUCCAAGGAUGCCUUGAUUCAGUCAUGCUUAAUAAUAGAGAGCUCCCACUGCAGAAUAAACAAGCGCAGUAUGCAGAGGUAGUGGAACUGACAGAGCUAAAGCUUGGCUGCAUUCUCUACCCUGAUGCCUGCCAGCAUCAACCCUGUCGCAAUGGUGCCUCUUGUACCAGUCUGCCCUCUGGCGGGUUUACAUGUAGUUGUAAUCCCCAGUACACUGGAGGUAGCUGUGAAAUGGAGAUUACAGUGUGUGUUCCCAACCCCUGUCAGAACAGUGGUGUGUGUAAACCCAUCGGCAACGCAUUCCUCUGCAGCUGCAGGAGAGGCUUCAGGGGCCUUAUGUGUGAGGACGAUGUGAAUGAAUGUGACCGAAACAAUCCUGAGGGUGAAUGUGAGAAUGGAGGAACCUGCAUCAACACUCCUGGCUCCUUCUACUGUAACUGCAUUCCUGGCUUUGUGGGCCAGCGCUGCACUUUAAGACCUGUCGUUGUCCCAGACAUGCAUGCUGGGCAUGCUGUGGUUGGCAAGGAGGAGCUGAUUGGCAUUAGUGGAGUGCUUUUUGUCAUUAUCAUCCUUAUUGUCCUCUUUAUUGCUUUCCGAAAGAAAGUUUUUAACAAAAGCUACUCAAGGAACAAUCUAUCUCUGGUCCAGGACCCAGCCACUGCAGCACUUCUCAACAAGGCCAGUUGUGUUCCCUUAAAGACUUUACACAGCACACCUGGAGACCACCAACACCUGUACUCAGAGUCAGGUAUACAGCCUACCUUGGUGGGAGUAGUUGGUGUAAUUGGACCUCCACAGGUCCCUGUGAGACCCAUGGCAUAUACACCUUGUUUCCAAGGAGACCCACUCAUGAAAUUAGAAAAGCUGUCGGAGAAACAUACUGGGGAGCAUACAGAGAUGAGCACCUUUCUCCCAGAAUCACCAAGCAUCCUUUCUGGAACCAUCAGGAGAGGGGUGGUGGUGUGCAGCGUGGCCCCCAACCCACUACCAGCCUCACCUUGUCGCUCAGACUGUGAUUCCAUACGCAAGAGCCCUUUGGCCAUUGAUGAGGAGAAAGUGGUCAACAUGGCAGAGAGGGACACAUGUUUUUCAGGUAGCAACAAAGGCAAUAACUCAGAAGCCCAGUCCCUGAGUUCAUUCCAGUGUGACUCCUGUGAGGAUAAUGCCUCCAUUGUGACUGUCAUUCGACUGGUCAACGAUGCAGUUGACACAAUCGAAAGUGAAGUUAUGGACCCAGGUGAAACAUACCACAGAGCUUACCACUGGGACACAUCCGACUGGAUGCCAAGCACAAGGCUAUCAGACACUGAAGAAGUGCAGAAAUUCAGAUCACCUCCUGACACAGACACAGUUGGCUUGAACUGUUCUCUGGGAGAAAUCCCACAUGAGCUGGAGUCAGAUUACUACCUGGGAGGCUAUGAUGUUGAAAGUGACUACCCCCCUCCACAUGAAGAAGAGUUCCUGAGUCAAGACCAGCUCCCCCCUCCACUGCCUGUGAGUGAGGACUGCCCUGAACCCUACACACCACUGCUCUCCAAUGUGCCUGUUUCAUUGGAGACUGUCCUGAACGUAAGCAGCACAAGCCAUCAGGACAGUAUGCCUCACUUCCACCCCAGCCAGUAUCUGCCCUCCCACCAGCUACCCACUAGGAAUGUGCCCUACAGAGACUUCAGUACACCAGUGGAUCAGACAUCUCCAGCAAAUGGAAACAUUGCUGUCUCAUUUAAUAUGCACCUAUCAGUUGGUACAUCACCAGCCUGCGUUGUGUCCUCCCCCUGUGUGCUGGACUCUGAACAUGGCAGCAUUUGUGAAGGCUUGAGCGAGGUUUGCCGUGGGGUGACCAUUAUCACCGACUCACAGCAGCAGACUGAAGUGUGACCAUCUAACGGAUGGUUUACAGUGUAGAAAAAUGCCCAUGGGAGCAUGUCAGUGGCACUAAGAUAAAAUGGCUUAAAGGAAAUAAUGUUUUAAUUAUAUUAAACAGGUAUGACUUUAAAAACACAUGGCGCAAAUAGUCUUAUUCUAUAGUUGGAUUCAAUUUGUGUUGGGGAAUAAAGAUGUUUGGGUACUGAUCCUGAAAUCACAACAUAAAAAUCUGCCAAUAUCUGUCUUCUAUCCACAACUCUUUUACUUGAGAAUUAAUUUUGUUGUUGGUAACGAGCCAGUCUUAAACUGUGCUUUCCUGCAAGCUGAAGAGGAAACAACCCUGGUAAAACUGUGUGAUUGGUCCUUACCUUCGGCAAGAAAACUACUGGGUAACAUUUAACAAGCCUUAUGACUGCACAUGGUCUUUUUUUAAUAUCAAGAGCGGAGGCACAGUCUUGUGUACUGGUUAGGGUGGAGUUCCACAGAAUAAAAAGGAGAUUUUACUUUUUAGCAGGAAGAGAGACUAAAGUGCUGCAAUUCUAUUAAACUCUCUAUAUCUUCUUUGUUAGCUUUUAACAUGGUUUGCAUUGCUAAACAUCUGGCUCUGUGAAUUUCCUAGAUGAUAAAUAUUGCCCACCUUUGCCCAUGAGAUUUUCAGCAAGCUUCCACACAUCUGACAUAUUUUCUGAAAGAGGUUGAAAUGUCCCAAAGAGUGAAAAAAGGACAUUUCCAGGAAAAUAAAUUGAGCUUGUUGUCAUCUGUGCACCACAGAACCACACAGUUUGGAUUUGGUGGGUGGAUUUGACAGUCAGAAUCAGAGGUGAAUGGUGAUGUUGGAUGAAAUCGCUUCUAGUUCUGUUGGGAGGUUUACAAUAGUGAACAGAACAUGAGCAAAAUAAAGCAUUUUAAAGAAAAAGCAUAAAGGACCGAGGUGUAAAAAUCAACAUGUUGUGUAUAGUAAGAGUUACAAUUGAGGUGAAAAUUCCAUUUAAUUCAGUUUUAUUUAUGUAGCGCCAAUUCAAACACGUCAUCUCAAGGCUCUUCACAAAAAGUUUGAAAUAGUGCGGGGUUGUUGGGGAGGUUAGAUUUAACUACUGAGUGUUAGAGUUUGCCCAUUUUAGAAUGGGCUAUGUGCAGUUUGGAGUUUGCAGUCAGCCUAUGGUUAUGGUUGAGGUGCAAACUCCAAUGUUAUAAAAUGUGGGUUGGAAUAAAACUUCCUUUAGGAUUAAUAUUGACAUUUUAUUAGUACCUCACUGCUCCCCAGUGGCAAGCCCAAUUGUUUUUUUAUUUUAAAAAUUUUUUGUGGCACUAGAGGCCUUUAUUUUGUUUUUUUUUUUGUUUUUUUUUCCGACAUUAGGUAGACAGAAAAGAGGGAGACAUUCAGCAGAGGUCGUCAGGUCCAGGACUGGAACCCAGAACCCUUAACCCCUACACCACCAGCACCACACCCAGCCCAGUUGUUUUUAUGUGAAAUGUAUUUGCUCUUACAGUUUUCUUUGUCAUAGUUUUUGUAUCCCUUGCAAAAUGUAGCAAGGACAGUGUCCUAAUAAUUAUUCCGUUUAUCAGUCAAUAGAACAUUUUUCAGCGAGUAACUGGACCAAACAUGGUAUAAAGGUUGGGAAGGUAUGGUACUGGUGCUAUGUAAAAUAUUUGUGAAAUCCAUUACAGCUCAUAUAGAAUCCUUAGUAACCUGUUGGCCCACAGCAAACAAUGAGUACUUCAUUAUGUGUCUCACUCAUGGCUGAAGACAGAGAAAUUCUCCUUGCACUGCUGUGGGAAGUGAAUUAUGCUUGUUUUUUUUUUCAGAUGUUUGUACAGUGUACAUAACUAAUUGUUCCAAUGGAGAUUUUGCAGAUAUAACAUUGCAGUUGUGAGCUGCCUUUGGUGUUCUGGUGUUUUGUUUGACUUUUAUGCGAAUGUAUAGAACCUGGAAUAUCAACUAUUUCCAAAUGAUUUCUUGUCUGUCAUUCACGCUCUGCUAAGUACUUUCUUGCAUUGUUUUUUAAUUCAAGAUGAAUGUCAUCUUAAGAUUAUAAAUGAACUGUGCACAGUGUUACAACUCAGUAUGUAAAUAUCAAUACAUUUAGCUGUUACAAUAUGAUUGCAGUUAUAAGGAGUCAUUUAAUACAUGUCUUUUUAAUUUGAAUGGUUAUUAUGAUACAUUUUUUUUCCUUCUUUCUGAGGACCGACAGUGUUAAAAACAGCCUCUAACUGGUAAACAUUUAAUAAACAAUAAUUGCAAUGCA